AUGGAGGAGUUAACCUAUUCGGUGCUUGUAGAUGGUAUAUGCAAGAAGAUUGGGUUGAAUGACAGUAUGAGGAAUCUGAAAUUGAGCUAUAUUCCGUUGGUAGCUAAGCCUUUUAGAGAGUCAUGUAUUGUUGAUGAUGGUGAUGUUUAUGUGUAUCUUACGACAGUGGAUAAAGAGGGACUUAGAGCCAUUUUGAAUGUGGAGCUAAUGGAAGAUAUAGAGAGUGAAGAGCUUCCCAGAACAGAAGACGCCCCUGAUAUUGAGGGACAACAGGGACAACAAAGAGACCAGUUGAUUGUUUACAACCCGGAAGAAGCAGAGGAACAACAGGGACAACCGAAGAGGAUGGAGAAUGUUGAUUUACGGGUAAGCUGUGAAAUUGAGGGACAACAGGGACAAACUGAGAGGAUGGAGAAUGUUGAUUUACGGGUAAGCUGUGAAAUUGCGUUACCAGAGGAGAAUGCGGAGUGUGGCAUGCAUGAAGAUGUAGAUGAACAUGAUCAUGUUGAGCCUCUACGGCCUGUGGAACAAACUCGGUUUGUUCUAGAAUGGGAGGAUGGAGCUGGGUUUGAAAAAGGUCAAGAAUUUCGAUCCAAGGAGGCUUUGCGAGUUUUGGUCGACAGAGCUUCACAUAAGGGCUGUUUUGAGGUAAAAACGGUAAAGUCAGAUACAGGGCGACUCAUACUAAGAUGCCGGCAAGCUGAACUUGGUUGUACAUGGUAUCUACACGCCGUACGAAUUGUGGAUUCAACUUAUUUCAGUAUUAGGGUGUAUAGGAAUAUCCAUACCUGCUCUCGGGUUGUUUCGAGCACAAUUCGGAAUAAAAGGAAAGGCACACCACAAGUAGUAGCAGAAGUUUUGCGUGGGUGCUAUCCAGGAGAAGUAGACACCCCUGCGCCCAAAGCUUUGAUUAAAGUUGUUCAAAAUGAAGCUCACGUGAAUGUGUCAUACUCUACAGCCUUGAGAGGGAAAAAACUAGCUAUUAGUGAAGUGAGGGGCAGUCCAGAAGAAAGCUAUCAAAAGUUGUAUUGUUAUCUUUACAUGUUACAGCUUGUUAAUCCUGGGACAAUAACCAGUGUGAAACUGGAUGCCAAAAAUAAGUUUAAGUAUCUCUUUGUCGCUUUGGGCGCUAGUAUUGAAGGCUUUAGAGCAAUGAGGAAAGUCAUAGUUGUGGAUGCGACCUUUCUUAAGAGUGUGUACGGUGGUAUGCUAGUAUUUGCCACAGCGCAGGAUCCUAAUCAUCACUAUCCAAUUGCAAUGGGUGUUAUUGAUAGUGAGAAAGAUGCUAGUUGGAAGUGGUUUUUUGAAACACUCAAAACUGUUAUACCUGAUGAUAAGGAACUGGUUUUUAUGAGUGACAGACAUAAGAGCAUCAUUGGAGCAGUGAAGGAGGUGUACCCUCAGUCUCAGCAUGGAUAUUGCAUUUGGCAUUUGUCGCAAAACGUGAGAGGAAAAGCUGGGAUUGGCUGCAAAGAUUUGUGUGCAGUAAAAUUCAGAGAAUGCGCUCACAAAUACACUGAAAGAGACAAGUACAACUUGGACACAAACAAUGUGUGUGAGUCUAUGAAUAGUGUCUUCAAGAAGGCAAGGAAGUAUGCCUUAUUACUGUUGAUUGAUGCAUAUGUUGAAAAAAUCUCUGAAUGGUUCAACAAGCAUAGGAAAGACACUGCAUAUGCAUCAGAUUCGAAGACAUUGGUGCCCUAUGUUGAGAACCAGUUGCAUAGUCUAUGUGCAAUUGGUACAAGAUUAUUUGUCACUGAGCUUAACGCUACUCAUCUGGAAUACAGUGUGAUUGGAGAUGAUGGGAAGAGUUAUCUGGUCGAUUUGUUAAGUAAAUGUUGUAGCUGUAGGCGUUUUGAUAUAGACAAAAUUCCCUGUGUUCAUGCAAUAGCCGCUGACAUUGCAAUGAUGCGUUCGGCUGAGAGAAGAAGGGAAAUCCACUUACAUGAGUUGUGCUCAAAAUAUUACCACAUUGAUACUUGGCCCCUGGCUUAUUACAGGACUAUUUAUAUGGUGCCACAUCAGUCUACAUGGAUUAUCCCUGAUGAAAUCCAGAAGUUAGUCGUUUUACCACCGGACUACACUAAGAAACAUGGAAGAAAGCAAGAUAAGCGCUAUCCCUCUACCGGAGAAGCUCGCCGUAAAGGAUGUAACAAGUCAAAACCGGGAAUACAUCUCGGACGUUGGUUUGAGCCAUUAAACCCUCGCGAAAAUCAAAGUGGGAACCAAAGUGGAAAUGAAAGUGGAAACCCAAUUUAG